AUGAUGUUCCCUGGGCUCCUCGCGCCCCCCGCCGGGUACCCCAGCCUCCUGCGCCCCACACCCACCUUAACGCUGCCCCAGUCUCUGCAGUCGGCAUUUUCCGGACACUCCAGCUUCCUGGUCGAGGAUCUCAUCCGCAUCAGCCGACCCCCUGCCUACCUGCCCCGCAGCGUGCCCACGGCCAGCAUGUCGCCCCCUAGGCAGGGGACCCCCGCCAAUCUCACAGACACCGUGGCCUCGGACCUGGGCUCCCCUAGUCCGGGCAGCCGGCGGGGCGGAUCGCCGCAGACUGCCGUCUCCCCUGCCAGCGAGCCUACGUUUCUGAAGUUUGGAGUGAACGCCAUUCUCUCCUCGGCGCCCAGAAAUGAAGCAUCCCCCGCCUUGCUCCAGAGCGGCCCUCCCAAGACCUUCGCCUUUCCCUACUUCGAAGGUUCCUUCCAGCCUUUCAUCAGAUCUUCGUAUUUCCCAGCGUCCUCCAGCGUCGUGCCCAUCCCCGGGACCUUCUCCUGGCCGCUGGCCGCGCGCGGCAAGCCCCGCCGGGGCAUGCUGCGUCGAGCCGUGUUCUCCGACGUGCAGCGCAAGGCUCUGGAGAAGAUGUUCCAGAAGCAGAAGUACAUCAGCAAGCCCGACCGCAAGAAGCUGGCGGCCAAGCUGGGCUUGAAGGACUCCCAAGUGAAAAUCUGGUUCCAGAACCGACGCAUGAAGUGGCGGAACUCCAAGGAGCGCGAGCUGCUGUCCAGCGGGGGCUGCCGCGAGCAGACCCUGCCCACCAAACUCAAUCCGCACCCGGACCUCAGCGACGUGGGCCAGAAGGGCCCGGGGGACGACGAGGAGGAGGAAGACGAGGGCCGGGCCAGCCCUCGCCACCGCCUGGCCUAUCACUCCUCCCUCGACCCUCGGCACCUGCGGGACCCGCGACUGGAAGGGCCCCUGCCCGCCUCCCCCGCGCACUCGAGCAGCCCAGGCAAACCUUCGGACUUCUCGGACUCCGAGGAGGAGGAGGAGGGCGAGGAGGAGGAGAUCACGGUGUCUUAG